UGCUUCUCUCUGCCCGGAAUGCUUCCGGGAGAGCACAGCCGCAGCGCCCGGGAGAAGGAGCGCUCGCAGUCUGCGGGCGCCGGGCGGCGAUCCGGCAGUCGACUUCCUUGGCGUGUUUCCAGACCCCCUGACUACACCAGCCUCGGUGUCGGCACCCGACAGCCAGGUUCCGCCUUUCUGUGAGGAGGGCGCGGUGGCCGUACGGUCCCCAGCGGAAGCUUUAGCUUGGACCUCAUGCAGUCGGAGGGAUUAGCAUAUCUGGGCAGAGGGGUGAGGGAUUGCUUCAAAAGGAUUUCCUAAAGAGAUAAAAUUUGAUGCUGGGACUCUCCUUCUUAGUACACACCGACUGAUUUGGAGAGAUCAGAAAAAUCAUGAGUGUUGCAUGGCCGUUCUCCUUUCCCAAAUUGUGUUCAUUGAAGAACAGGCAGCUGGAAUUGGGAAGAGUGCCAAAAUAGUGGUUCAUCUUCACCCAGCUCCUCCUAACAGAGAACCUGGCCCAUUCCAGAGUAGUAAGAACUCCUACAUCAAACUCUCCUUCAAAGAACAUGGUCAGAUUGAGUUUUACAGGCGUUUAUCAGAGGAAAUGACACAGAGAAGAUGGGAGAAUAUGCCAGUUUCCCAGUCAUUACAAACAAAUAGAGGACCCCAGCCAGGAAGAAUAAGGGCUGUAGGAAUUGUAGGUAUUGAAAGGAAACUGGAAGAAAAAAGAAAAGAAACGGACAAAAACAUUUCUGAGGCCUUUGAGGACCUCAGCAAACUAAUGAUCAAGGCUAAAGAAAUGGUGGAGUUAUCAAAAUCAAUUGCUAAUAAAAUUAAAGACAAACAAGGUGAUAUCACAGAAGAUGAGACCAUCAGGUUUAAAUCCUACUUGCUGAGCAUGGGAAUCGCUAACCCAGUUACCAGAGAAACCUACGGCUCAGGCACACAGUACCACAUGCAACUGGCCAAACAGCUGGCUGGAAUAUUGCAGGUGCCUUUAGAGGAACGAGGGGGAAUAAUGUCACUCACGGAGGUGUACUGCUUAGUAAACCGAGCUCGAGGAAUGGAAUUGCUCUCACCAGAAGAUUUAGUGAAUGCGUGCAAGAUGCUGGAAGCACUGAAAUUACCUCUCAGGCUCCGUGUGUUUGACAGUGGCGUCAUGGUAAUUGAGCUUCAAUCUCACAAGGAAGAGGAAAUGGUGGCCUCGGCCCUGGAGACAGUUUCAGAAAAGGGAUCCCUAACAUCGGAAGAGUUUGCUAAGCUUGUGGGAAUGUCUGUCCUCCUAGCCAAAGAAAGGUUGCUGCUUGCAGAGAAGAUGGGCCAUCUUUGCCGUGAUGACUCAGUGGAAGGCCUGCGUUUUUACCCAAAUUUAUUUAUGACACAGAGCUAAGGGUUUUGUAUUUAAAAUCCUUUUUGUCCAUAUGCUUGCGUCAUGUAGAGGUUGUAUGACAUUGAGCUAAGAGAUAAACCCGAUCAACUGAGAAUUUAUUAGAACUUCACAGUGCAAUGUAAAUCUCUUUUAAUUUCUCACUAAAUAUGGUCCAGGAAAUUUAUUUAGGAUAUGCAUAGGAAAAUUCAGAAAAGUGAAUGCCAAUAUGAAUUUAAAAUCAUGCUGUAGUUGUGCAGAACCCUCAGAGUUUAACUUGAAAUAUAGUGGAUUUUAACUUGAUCCUCAAAUCUAAUCAUUUUAUAAAGAAGGGAAUUUAGUUUUGCAGAGAAUAAAAAGAGAAGUUGCAUGUUCAGACAGGUUAGAUUAUUUUGAUGUGACUGAAAUUCACUGACUACACAUGACAAUGUUGGGACAAAAUAUACUGCAGCUUGCUAUAUGAGGCUCCUCCCAGGGGCUUUUAGAAGCAGUCAUAGGCAUGUCUUCAACAUACCAAAUAAAAUACCUUUAAAAAUGAAAUAAUUUUAUUUGACACAUAUAUUUAUAUAUAUUCUAUCUAGUUUCUCUUUGUUUUUUUAAGUGAUGAUUUCAUGACUGGCAUUUAAAGAAUGCAACUGUGUCAUUUUGUUUCCAAAUGCUGUGGAUUUUGAAACUGAACUAGAGAGCUGUAUAGACAUGCCCAGAGUUAUGAUUACAAAUUUAGGAGGUAGACAGCUCAGGAAUUCCCUGGGAUUGUUGUGCUGGUGGAAAGGCAGAGGGAGCCUUUAAAUGGCUUCACAGGAACCUUAGUGUUCUUCUACCUCAAAGCCACAGACAGGAGAUCGAAAGUGGAAAAGUAAUGUCUCCUUUUCUUUUCCAUAAGGAGUUUCCACACUGAACUAUAAAAAGUCUAUCAUAUUCCAGCAAUAUUUUUUCUUUGUUCUUUAUACUAUAAAUUGUGAGGAAAAACUACUUCGGUAAGAAGUGUUACUGAGAUAACAACAACUGGCUAAUACUGCAUGUAGAUUGCUUAAGUUUUAAAGUGACUGCCUGACUUCACAUGUUACUGCUCUACAGCCUCCAGUAUGUUGGCAUUAUCUCAAACUCAGGGACCCCACAGGACAGGGGACGCCCUUUCUGAAACUGAGUUGGAAGUGAAAGGGUGGUGAUGGUUUUGGCCAAGCCUGCGGGAGGGAAAGUAUUGUAUUGGGAGCACCCUUGGAACCAGGAAGAGGGAUACCCAGGUUCACACUCUGGAACCCCUAAGACAUUGUCAGUGGGUAAGGUGGAGGGCCACUGCCAGAGGCUGCUGCAGUGCCCUCUGGGAAGUGCCAGGGACCCUCCGCUGCAGACCCAGGGGAUCCCAAUCCCUUAUCCCUGUCUGAAAAGUGGCUAUUGCUGUUUCGUGUCCUCCAGUGUCACAGGAAGGCUGUGCCUGAGACAUCCCACUUUAGUUUUUGUUUUCCAAACCUGUCACUGACUCUUCAUUGUGGUGUCGGAUCCUCUGGUUCCCCCAUUGUUCAGCCUCAGGUUUAUUUUGAGGGUAACUCAGUGUCUCACUGCCCAAGUCUUUUAGGGGUUAGUUGGACCAUUGCGUAAGCUUGUUUAUAUGUCUCACCUCUUUCUGGGUGGUACUUACUGUCUCACACUGCUCUGGCAAACUUGUACACACAAACACACACACACUCUCUCUCACCUGGCUAAGGCUUUUAAAAUCAUAAAGAUAAAUAAUCUGUUUCACCAGUUGGAGUGAGUUGCAAGGAGGAUUGCUGGAGCUACUCGAUCUAGCGCUAAUGUUUUGGAUUCAUUACUGCAAACCUACAUAAUUUAACAUAUUUAUUUACUUUAGUGUGACAACUGAUGAAAAGAAAUGGAGCAAUCCAAAUUGUAUAAAAUGACUUAAGAAGGAAGAAAAGUGACAUAUAAAUAUAUUUUGCAAAUGCCACAUUAAUUUAAAAAUGAGUAUGAUUGAUUUUAUUAUUUUUAAAGUGGGCAUUCGUCACUGUUUCGAGACCUUUGUAUGUAUUUGUGUAUUUUUAUCUUUUUUUUCGGGCCAUUAUUAUAAGGUGUGAUUUUGGUCCUCUAAUGUACAAGUUAUGUUUAAAUACAACCAAUCAGGCCCUAAGUGCAAAAAAGUUCUGUCUUGGUGCUUAUCACUGGCAUAAUUAUUAUUUUUUUGUUUUCCUAACUUUGCUCUUAGGAGCAUGAACCUCUUUGUAGCUUUAUGGUAAUGCAAUAUUUCCAGUCAUUUACUGUCAAAAAAAUUUUUUACAUUGUGUUAGUGAAGAUUGUGUUUUCAAGGUUAAAUGAUUGGUAUUAAUGUAUAUAGAGUAAAAUUAUUACAAAAUUUAAAAACGAUUUUUCUUGGCAUUCUUUUUAAAUACUCUGAAAAAUAUAUGCAAAUGAUAAGCCUUUAAUCAUACUAAAGCCAGUUAUGUUAAGAAUUUUUCCUUUGGAUUUUAUAAUUAAGAGUUGCUUAUAAAUAUUUAUGACAUUGAGCUGUUACUGUUUUCGUUGUCUAAAAAGAAUGGGACAUGUCAUGAACUGGUUUGGUUUUUUAAAAAAUUCUUGAUGUGAAUUCCACUGUUGCCUGACUAUGUAUAUUCAGAUGAAUGUACUCUUUCUUGUUCCUUGUUACCAGAUUAAUCUGAGAGAAUGUGGAUUCAUCUUGUCAUCAUUCUCAUGCUCAAAUACUUAAAAUGGUUCUUUUGCCCAAAAGUCUCAGAGUCUUCAUUUUGGUACAGUGGAGUCACAACUUGGAAGGUGGUUAGGUUUUAAAGACCGUGCCUAAGGACAAAAUUGAGCAUGCUCAGAAUGGUCCUUGAAAAUCUCCUAAAUUACCAAUGAAGUUCUCUUUGUAGUCUUAAAGUUUAAAUUCCUGUGGAGUGAUACAUAGGUACGAAUAUAUUAUGCUUAUAUUAAGUACAAAAAUACAAACUGCAUAUCAAGAGUAGAUUCUUAUAGCAUUAAUAAUUUACAUGCAUGUGUCUUUUUCCAGUAGGUAUGGUUGAAUUUAUGUAAAUUUAUUGCUAAUCCCAUCCCUUACAAUCUAGAGUAUAAGCUGCACAAGGGCAGAGGUUUUUGUCUGGUUUGUUCAUGGAUGUAUCUUAAGAGCCGAGAACAGGGCCUGGACACAAUAAGCAUUCAAUAAAUAUUUACUGAAUGAAUGAACGCCGACCUAUAUUCCUAUUUAUAAUUUGGCUCCACUUUAUCCUACUUUAGCUCCCAUUCAAUUCAAUGAAAAAUAGAUUUUUUUGAACAUAUA